AUGUUCUACAGCGAGACCAAAUUUGCGAACCACUGUGCAAAAGUCUAUGGGCAGCUUCGUAAGGACUAUCCAGCCCUUUUUAGUACAUUGGAGGAAACCCAAAUGCAUAACUCUGGUGCCAGGGAUGCGAAGAGCAGACAAACUGCGGCAGAUGCUGCGCAGCUCAAGAACAAAAUUGCGAACAAGAUGUUUGUUUUAACACUCUCUGGUGUCUGCGAUAUUUACGACACGUUUGGCCAUGGCAUCAACAUCCUACAAAUCGUGAGCAUUCUACCACAUGAACGGUUCGACAAAUUUAAUGAAGUUUGCGUAGAGAAGCUGCUGCAAAUGUCGAAGGUCAUUGAAAGUCAUGAAAAAUGUCCUUUGUCCAAAGAUGGAAAGAGGAGUUGUUUAUGGCCAAAAUACCACGCUGACCUACAGAGUGUUCUCACCACUGGCAAAUACCGAGGUAUUCCAAUUUUGGACGAUAAUCCCGAGCAGAACAGGACAAGACGUGGGUUUUUUACAGUUUUGCAAAACCAAAGAAUGGACGUAGUGGCAACAGCAACAACGCGUAUAAAGAAGCUGGCAGAAAGGUUAAGCGAGGAAUUAAGCGUCUCUGUUUUCGACGACCAAGCCACAUCUUUGGUUGAACAACUAAGACCACUACUCGAUUUGAGAAGAUUAGCAAACAAAGUCAAAUUGCGAGGAUCGACCAUGAUUGGAUCUCUGGAGGCAAGAACAUUCGUCAAAAAUGGAAAGAAAAUUGCGUCAAACAUCAUCCAAAUACCCGAUGUCGAAUUAGCUGCCCAAUAUAAAGAAUUCCUGCGUCGUUUAGAGAAAGUGACGAGCCGUAUACAAGAGAAAGAUCAACCUGAUAGUAUGGGGGUGUUGAAGAUGUUCCUUGACUCGGCAAGAGGACUUUAUCUCGGAAUUGAAAUGGUUAUGCAUGUCCUUUCAGUAGCCUCCAUCUCAAUGUCAGUUGAAUCAGUGGUUGAGUCGCACGUUUCUGUGUAUGAAUCACGAAUCAACAAGAAGAGAAAUGUAUCAGAGGACAGAGGACGGCGGGAGAUGGAGAUUUCUUUGAAUGGUCCCAUAGUUUCUCGUUGUGGAGGAGUUGUGAAAGCCGCAAUGACGGAGUAUUGGCGAAAGGAAUCAAAGAGAGAUGAUUUUUGGCAUUUCAUCAGGAAGUCUGAACGUAUCCAGCUUCAGCCAUUUGAAGUUUCGAAAGUGAUCGAUGGAAAGUUCAAAGAAAAAUCAAAACUUCCAAUUAUGGACAAAUAA